CUCCAAGUUUAUAAAACCUUAAUAAUUCAGAGAAAUAAACUAACCAUAUCUUUAUCUUCUAUCUUACCCUGAAGUUUCGCUGAAAAUGUCUGGCGUUUGGGUUUUCAAGAACGGUGUGGUUCGGCUCGUCGAAAACCCAGGAGCUGAGUCUCUAGACGGAAGCAGGCAGGGAUCCGGUGCUCGCCGGAAAGUGCUGGUUCACACUCCUACUAAUGAAGUUAUCACUUCUUACGACGUUCUUGAAAACAAGCUAUAUUCACUUGGGUGGGAGAGGUACUACAAUGACCCUGAUCUCCUCCAAUUCCACAAAAGAUCCACAGUUCACCUCAUCUCUCUUCCUAAGGAAUUCAGCAAGUUCAAGUCCAUGCACAUGUUCGAUAUUGUCGUAAAAAACCGUAACAUGUUUGAAGUCAGGGACAUGUAAUGCUGCUCAUCUCGUUAUUAUGGAGCAAGUACCAAGGGUGCUUAGGUUAGUCAUAGCUAAUAAUGUAGUUAAGAGUUUGCUUCGGCGACUACGUAGUUGCUGACUGGGUGUCGCCGUCAUGUAAAUCGUCACAGUUUCUCAUGGGAAUGAAAAUUAGACUUCUUUUGUGUGCCUCAAA